AUGCAGAGGCUGGACAGGGCUGCGGCGCUCAAGAGAAGCCGGGGGCUGCCAUUCCGGGCGCUCCGGAGCUGGGGUUCACCGUGCUGGAGCUCCGCUUGGCUCUGCUGUUGGGCACUGGCCGCCGGCUGCCAGGCGGCUUGGGCUGUGGACCUAGCCGCUGCCUCCAGCCUUUCGUUACCUCCUUGCCAGGAGAGAGAUUACCACUUUGAAUAUACGGAAUGUGAUAGCAGUGGCUCCAGGUGGAGAGUUGCCGUUCCCAAUUCUGCAGUGGACUGUUCUGGACUGCCUGACCCUGUGAAAGGGAAAGAAUGCACUUUCUCCUGUGCUUCUGGUGAAUACCUAGAAAUGAAGAACCAGGUUUGCAGUAAAUGUGAGGAAGGCACCUAUUCCUUGGGCAGUGGCAUCAAGUUUGAUGAAUGGGAUGAGUUACCAGCAGGAUUUUCCAAUGUUGCAACAUUCAUGGACACAGAAGUGGGUCCUGCUGAGAAUAAACCAGAUAGCUGUGACAACUCUUCUUGGAUCCCUCGUGGAAAUUACAUUGAAUCUAAUCGAGAUGACUGCACAGUUUCUUUGAUCUACGCAGUACACCUAAAGAAGUCUGGUUAUGUCUUCUUUGAAUACCAGUAUAUUGACAACAAUAUCUUCUUCGAAUUCUUUAUACAAAAUGACCAGUGCCAGGAGAUGGACUCCACCACAGAGAAGUGGGUAAAACUGACAGACAAUGGAGAAUGGGGUUCUCAUUCUGUCAUGUUAAAAUCAGGCACAAACAUACUGUACUGGAGGACUACAGGGAUCCUCAUGGGGUCCAAAGUGGUGAAGCCUGUACUAGUGAAAAACAUCACUAUUGAAGAGAAGAUGGCAUUAGAAAACUUCAAACUCAAUCCUCCAGCAGCUACAGGAUUCAGCUCUUCUCCCUUUUAUCAGCACAGAAAAUUGAAGAACUCUCAGACACAAAUAAUGUACAAGUGGAUAGAGCCCAAGAUUUGCCAGGAGAAUCUCUCAGAAGCUGUUAGGCUUCCCUCUUCUGGAGAGAAGAGGGAUUGUCCACCCUGCAACCCAGGCUUUUAUAACAAUGGCUCAUCUUCUUGCAAUCCUUGCCCACCUGGAACGUUUUCAGAUGGAACCCAGGAAUGCAAAGCAUGCCCAGCUGGAACAGAACCUGCUCUGGGAUUUGAAUAUAAAUGGUGGAACAUCCUGCCUGCCAACAUGAAAACCUCUUGCUUCAAUGUUGGAAACUCAAAAUGUGAUGGAAUGAAUGGUUGGGAGGUGGCUGGAGACCAUAUCAAGAGUGGGGCAGGAGGCUCAGACAAUGAUUAUCUGAUCUUAAACUUGCAUAUCCCAGGAUUUAAACCUCCAACAUCUAUGACGGGAGCCACAGGUUCUGAACUCGGAAGGAUAAGUUUUAUUUUUGAGACCAUCUGUUCAGCAGACUGUGUGCUAUACUUCAUGGUGGACGUUAAUAGAAAAAGUACCAAUGUGGUGGAAUCUUGGGGUGGAACCAAAGAAAAACAAUCUUAUACCCACAUUAUCUUCAAGAAUGCAACAUUCACAUUUACUUGGGCCUUCCAGAGAACAAAUCAAGGCCAAGAUAGCAGACGGUUUAUCAAUGAUAUGGUGAAGAUCUAUUCUAUCACAACUACAAAUGCAGUUGAUGGAGUGGCUUCAUCUUGUCGGGCUUGUGCACUGGGCUCGCAACAGUCGGGUUCAUCGUGUGUGCCCUGUCCACCAGGGCAUUACAUUGAGAAAGAGACCAAUCAGUGCAAGGAAUGUCCACCUGACACAUACCUGUCCAUACAUCAGGUCUAUGGCAAGGAGGCUUGUAUUCCAUGUGGUCCAGGAAGUAAAAGCACCCAGGACCACACAGUUUGCUAUAGCGACUGCUACCUGUCCUAUGUGAAAGAAAACCAGAGUUUGCACUAUGACUUCAGUAAUCUCAGCACCGUUGGCUCGUUAAUGAAUGGCCCGAGCUUCACAUCCAAAGGAACCAAAUACUUUCACUUCUUCAACAUCAGCCUGUGUGGGCAUGAGGGGAAGAAGAUGGCAAUUUGUACUAACAACAUAACAGAUAUCACCGUGAAGGAAAUGGUAGCUGAAUCAGAAGAUUACACCAAUUUUGUAGGAGCAUUUAUAUGCCAGUCAACCAUUAUUCCAUCUGAAAGCAAGGGCUUCCGAACGGCUUUGUCUUCACAGUCUAUCAGCCUUGCAGAUAUAUUUUUGGGAGUAACUGUUGAAAGCACAUUGUACAACAUCAACAUCAAGGAAGAUAUGUUCCCAGCUCCAUUAAGGCAAAUACCUGAUGUACAUUUCUUUUACAAGUCCUCCACAGUAACAUCUUCUUGCUACAAUGGACGAGUGGCUGUUGUCACUAUGCGAUGCAAUCCCAGCAAACCUGGCCAAGGUGUGAUUUCAGUCCCCAGCACAUGUCCAGCAGGCACCUGUGAUGGCUGCACAUUCUAUUUCCUUUGGGAGAGUGCUGAAGCUUGUCCUUUGUGUACAGAGCAUGACUACCAUGAGAUCGAGGGAGCCUGUAAGAGAGGAUUUCAGGAAACAUUAUAUGUAUGGAAUGAACCAAAGCAAUGCAUUAAAGGAGUUUUCUUGCCGGAGAAAAGAUUGACCACGUGUGAAACAGUUGACUUUUGGUUAAAAGUAGGAGCAGGAGUUGGAGCUUUUACAGCAGUUUUACUUGUGGCCUUAACCUGCUACUUCUGGAAAAAGAAUCAAAAACUAGAAUACAAAUACUCCAAAUUGGUAAUGACAGCUAAUGCAAAAGAGUGUGAGCUCCCAGCUGCAGAUAGCUGUGCUAUCAUGGAAGGGGAAGAUAAUGAAGAAGAAGUUGUAUAUUCCAAUAAACAGACACUAUUGGGGAAACUCAAAUCCUUGGCAACAAAGGAGAAAGAAGAUCAUUUUGAAUCUGUUCAGCUGAAAUCCUCAAGAUCCCCCAAUAUAUGA